AUGUCUGCUUAUCACACCCCUGAACAGGGUUACAUGAGGGUUGUAACCCCUCCUCCGAUUCCAGCAAAGACGCUCUUGUUAGUCCACCAGUUACCGGAACUUGACGAGCAACAGUUGCCAGAAUUCCUUGAUCAUACCAUCCGUGAUGGUUGCGAUAUCCGUCAUUUAUACGAGGUUAUGAUUGAUGCUAUCAGGUCACACAAGGCGUAUCUCGUAAAGGAGCUACUCCAAUAUGGUACACCUGUGUCACCAAUCUAUGUACGCGAAGCUGUCAAGGCGAAGGCGAAAGAUAUCCUAAUAAGUUUCUUCGAUCAUGGCUGGGAUAUCAACACACCGAUGAGUGGAAUGGACCCCCCUAUUCUUGCCAAUGGUCUCGAGGACCUGGAGAUGACAAUAUGGCUGCUUGAUCAUGGCGCAGAUCCUAAUAAACGAUGUGAUAUCGAUAAUACCCCGCUCUAUUAUGCAGUUAGAUAUGCAGAUUUGGCAACUAUUGAUCUUCUCCUACAUCGAGGUGGUGAUGUCAGAAUGGGCCAGCUUGUGCAUAAUGCGAUUUAUCGAGAGUCCGACACCCUCGAAGUUGUCAAAAUGCUUGUUGAUAGGGGUGCUCCUUUCAAUUCUCUCAUGUACCAAGACCACAGUAUUCUUGGGACAUGUUUCCUUUUAUGA